GAUCAUUCUUCUACAUUCAUGAUUUCGUUUGAUUGAUUUCAUCAUCUUCAUCAUUAUUGAAUCAAAAAAGUAGUGAGAAGUUUGUUCGAGAAUUUUUUCUCUCAUUUCUCAACAAUCAUGAAAUUGACAAAUUCCAGUGCGAUUAUUAUCGCACUCAUGAUUUCCGUUUCUGAAUGUUCAAUUCUACGCGAUAUGUUUCUAAAUCGACGUAGUCGUGAUGCCGAUAGUGAUGACGAUCAUCAUACAGGUGGUGGUGUGAUGGAUGUGUUUGGUUCGUUUGUCGAGGAUGUUGGUCUCAAAAGCGUAUUCCGUGAUAUGCAAAUGCGAAUGUUGGGAGCAUCCGAGGCAUUAUUGGAACAAUCAACAAAUAUUUAUGAUAAUUUUCAGGAUACAUUAGCCAAAACACGUAAUGGCCACGAUGAACGUGCAUCGGAAUUUCGUAAAGCACUACGUUAUCUGCAGACCGAAGCACGAAGACGUCGUGAAGACCUAGAAGAUGAAAUUGAAGUGGAAAAAGAAAAAGCAGCCGAAGCUAAAACGGCUGAUGAAAAGAAAGAAUCGACCAAUAAGUUGAAUAAAUUGAAUGCAGCAUUAAAACAGAUGGAUGAAGUUGCGAAAACCAGAAUUAGUUCGCUCCGAGAUAGAAUCCAGAAAAGACGUUCGAAUCGAAAAUCGAUUCUGAAAAGUUUGAAAAAACCAGCAGAAAAUGAGAAAGAAGAGGAAGUCGCCGAUGAUGAAACUAGCAGAACUAAACGUGAUGCUAAUGGCAAAAAGAAGAAAAAGAAUUCCAACACACAAACAUCACCGACGACAGCAAAACCGGUGAGCAAGAAAAAGAAAAAACAGCCAAAAAAUAUAGAUGCUCCUAAUGUAGAAAGUGCUGGCGAUGGAUUCGGUGACCAUUAGAAACAAUCAUCACAAUCAUGACUCCAUUUAAUCAUUGGGUUUUCUUUUUCUGGGUUAUAAUCGAAAUUUAAAUUUUUCAACAAAACCAACACUUUGUGGCCAACAUCUCCAAUAAGUUUCCAAAUUGCAACAUCUUUUUUAAUAUAUUUAGCUACAAUGAUCAUAAAAAUCGAAUAAAAAUUCAAUACAAUCAA